GAGUAGAUAUGUAAAGAAAAUUAUCAUAAAACUGUGUGUAGUAAUAAGGCAGGGGCUGCAGCACAGUCGUACCUGAGAAAAUUAACAGGCAAACUUUUUUAUAUCUGAUUUUGCGAUAUCACAGCCCCAUAUCUCAGGUGCAUUUUAGUGUCAUUGGUUCCAGCGUUCUUGCACAAACAAAUGUUAGGUGGUGGCCCUGUUUAAUCCUGAUUAAUCAAAGGCUACAAAAGGCGCAGUUGCCUAAUGGAGCUGAUACCAAGUCACCCUUUAAGGAUAGUGGGGAUCAGAGUAGACAACAUGAGGUGUGCUGAGGUGUCUUUUCCUGGUCUUUCUUGGGUUUGUGCUGUAUUCACCAGCUUCAGUGAGGGAACCCCAUCACAAUACAAGUGCCUUAGUAAAAGUGAGUUAAAGAUAAAUUGAUGCUGACAAGGAGUGGUUGGAGAUUUUAAGGUCAAUUCUGGGUGGAUUCUGGGUGGACGCCAAAAGUGGCCACACCUCCAGAUUAUGACGAAGAGCUGAUUCUUGAACACAGUCAAUAUCAGAAACCUACUUCAGGAAAGAGGUUUCCCAAAACCUGCUGAACGUAUUCGCAAAGUCUUUUUCCCAGACGGGACACGAUGGACUGAGUGGUAGACCUGUUUUCUUAUGGUAAGCCAAGACAUUUUUGUCAUGAUUGUGCAAUUGUAUAUCUUCAUAUUCUGUUUUAAGACUUCCUGCAAAGCAAAAUCCAGUACAUGUCAAUUAAGGUUAGAACUCAAUGUGGAUUAUAACUUUUGGCAGGCAGGAUGAGAGAACAUUUUACCAACUCAAGUGUACAAGGCUCAAACCAAGUGUUCCUCUGCACCAUGGAAGGUUCUAUGGGUUAAACAAUUGUUACAUCAGUUAUUAAAGGCAUCUUUCUUGGGUCAAACUUGAUGUUUGAGAGGGAAUUAAGGUUUCAGAAAAAUAUACAGUGAAUCGUUUGGAACAGAUUACAGAAUAUUUUACUAAAUCUAAGCUGAUUUUAUAUAUAUUAUUAUUUCACUCUUUAAAGACCAUGUAUUUCUUUGUAUAACUCCAUCUUUGUCUCUUUAUUGUGUUCUAGUUCCCCAGUUUUUAAAGUCCCCCCUACAUUGCGACACAGACUUCUGAAGACUCACAGGUCAAAAGAAGCCAAUCAAAGCUGAUCUCAUGGAUUGGAAGUUUCUCCAGGGUCUUCUCAGUGGGGUCAACAAGUACUCCACUGCCUUCGGACGUAUCUGGCUAUCAGUGGUCUUCGUCUUCCGGGUGCUGGUCUUUGUGGUGGCCGCCGAGCGGGUCUGGAGCGACGACCAGGGACACUUCGACUGCAACACCCGCCAGCCGGGUUGCACCAACAUCUGCUACGAUUACUACUUCCCCGUCUCCCACAUUCGCCUCUGGGCUCUCCAGCUCAUCUUCGUCACCUGCCCUACCUUCAUGGUGGUGCUGCAUGUGGCGUACAGGCAAGAGAGAGAACGCAAGUACCAAGUCAAGCAUGGCGGCGAGGGCACUCACCUGUACGAUAACCCAGGCCAAAAGCAUGGCGGCCUGUGGUGGACUUACCUCAUGAGCCUCUUCAUGAAGACCGCCUUUGAGAUCACUUUUCUGUACUUGCUCCACUACAUCUACGACAGCUUCAAGCUUCCCAGGAAGGUCCAGUGUGAUGUCAAACCCUGUCCUAAUUUGGUGGACUGCUACAUAUCCCGGCCCACCGAGAAGACCGUUUUCACCUACUUCAUGGUGGGGGCGUCCGUCGUGUGUGUGGUGCUCAACAUCUGUGAGAUUUUCUAUCUGAUUGCUUCCCGGAUGGUGAAUCUCAAACAUCGAGGCAGCAUCCACACCUUGUCUAGAAAGGUCCAUCCUGAGGCGGACUGUGAUGGCUGCAAGUCGUCUCUUAGAUCAUAGUAGUGAAUUACCUGUGUAGAGAAUCAAUAUUUCUAUGCCUCUUAUUGCCUCUAAUUGAUUUACAAUAGGAUGAUCCUUUUUCCAUUUGUCGAUAUUUUAAAAAGCAAUUUUAUAUCUAAUUUUAUAUGUAAUAUAAAUAUAUUUUAUUUUGACACAAACAAUCCUGUGCUUUAUAAUGAUAUUAUAAUUGUUUUUUUCUCCACAAAUUUAAUAAAUAUUUCAGCACCAAAAGAAAGUUGAAUGAUUUUGGCUGCCAUACAUCAUGAAGUAAUUGAUCAUUAAGAACUGAAGGACUGCUCACAUUUGUUUUUGACAGCAUUUUUUGUAUUCCCUAAAAAAGAUUGUCAAAGCACUGAUAAUAAAGAUUUUCUUUUUCAAACCA